AUGAAAGUAACAAAAAUUCUUAAAGACCUUUCCAUUAACCUUCAUUUUGCGCUUCCUCCGAGUAAUGCUUUAAUUAAGUUAACAAUUCAUGUGAAAAAAGAUCGUUUAUUACUUGAUGCUGUUAGACGCUUUAUGAAUAAUAAUAAUAUACCAUGUUAUUUGGAAAAUUCCGUUCUUUCGAUUGUCGAAACUUUGAUCGAAGAAAGUUGGAGAAGAGAUAUAGAAAAGGCUUCUAAAAUUGAUGAGAUGAAUGCUGACAAGGUUCGAGAAGCGAUCGUGGCAAAAUAUAAAAAACAUACAGUACAAUAUAAUGAUACCCCAACCGAAGAUAUUUUCCCUAAAGCUUAUAACACUCUUGUUCAUUCUCCUGUACCGUCAAUUUUUGAUACUCUUUUACAAUUGGAACAAAGUUAUAAUAAUGCUGUUAAGAAUUUUAUUACCUCUCAUAAAAUAGAAAUGGGAUGCAUGCGUGAGAGAUAUCAAAAAGAAUUGGAACAUACUGGUAUGGGAUCCCUUCAAAAUGAGUUCACAUAUAUGUUUGAAAGAAAAACUGAAGAUAUUGAAUAUAGCCAAGCCACUCUGGCAAACGGACUCGAUGAAGUAAAAAAAUUUCAAAAACAAGAAUAUUGCGAAUUUGUUAUCAAACUUUAUAAUGCCCACCAGCGUUGGAUAAUUGAACAAUCAACUAUGGAUUCUAAUUGGAUGUAUCGAGUUGAUGGAAAGGAAAUUGUUUCUGAAGUUAUCACGGAUAUGAAAAAGCAUUACAAACAUCUAUCAAAUGAAAUUCUAAAACUUGAUCAAGGAAGUAGACCACGGAGUCGACAUGGUAGUAUUAGUUCAUUGACAGAUGUGAUGCUUUCUCCAACUAUGACACCUUCAUCUCCAUUGUUUCCUACGUCAAAGGAUCCUACGACGAUGAAAAUGAUAAGUGAUCUUACAGAAAUGGGGUGGAGUGAUAAACAAGCAAGAGUAGCUCUUGAUAUGGCCGGUGGUAAUAAGGAACGCGCAGUCAAUUAUCUUAUAGAACAACUGGAUAAGAUUGAUGCACAAAUUGCCAAUGGGAUCAAUGGGAUGCCCAUAAUACCUCGACGUCCUUCAACACCAAGCAGUAAUUCUUCUUCUUCUGAUCACAAAGAACAAUCUGGUUCUCUUUCACUUCGGCGUGAGAAAAAACGUCGUCCUUUACCUAUACUAACAAAACAAGAAAAAAAGAAUACAUGGUCUCCUAUGACAUUUUUUCAACAAAAAAACAUGUUGAAUACUCCAAGUACACCAACAAGAAGAUUUAGCGGAUGGCUUGGAAGAAAAGAUGAUACUAAUGGUGUUCCAAUGAUGAAUGGAGAUAACUCUCAACUUAGUGAAUCUUUUACGAGUUCUUUGGGAAAUCAAGUGAAAUCAACACAUAAUAUUAGGCUAUUAGUAUCUGAUGUGGAUAAUUUGCUAAAAUCCUCAAAUGACCCAUUAAAAGAAAUGGCACAUAGAGCUCAGACUGCAGCAAAUUUAUAUUCACAAGAUUUGGCUGCAAUUGUUUUACUCCUGACACCUCAAGAUUGGCCAAGUUAUAAGUUUGGGAAAGGGGCUAAUAAAGCAUUCUUUGAAAGAUGUAAAGAGUCAACAGAAUUUCAUUUUGAUGAUGUCGAAACGCAACUUGAAGCUAUCGAAAAAGAUUUUUCAGAUGGUCAUGGGAUGUCAUCUAUAAAAGAAGGUGAUUUCUUCAUUACAAGACAUUCUAAUUUACCUAUGUUUCAGGUUAUAUUUCAUCUAGUUAUUGAUUUUGAAUCAAUGGAAAAGUCAAAUGUAACACAAUGUACAGAAGCUAUAAAUGGCCUUCGUAAUGUUCUACGCACUGUAGAGAGAUUCGACAUUACAAAUAUAACAUUGCCAUUUCUUUUGCUCCCUUCAAACAUUGACUGUUUUUCUGAUCCUGAUAAAGUAAAAAAUUUAUUCAACAGAGGUGAGUUUGUAUUAAAAUGUGCUAAAGGAUUUAUGAUGAAAAAUUCCAGGGUACCGAAACAUAUUACUGUUAAAGAGCAAGAGACAAAAACCGUUUCGUUUUUAUUACCGAAACAAGCUAGUGAUCAAUUUGAUACAUUCAGAGAUUUGUUAAAAUCUUUAUUUAGAGCUAAUUAG